AUGUUACCUUGUAAAAUAUCGAUAUUAAUUUUAUGUUUUCUUCUAUUUUUUAAACACGUCGAUAAUUCGUGUAAUCAACAAUCGAUAGUCGCUAGUGAAAAAGUUGUAUAUGUAAAUUUAAAAAAUGAUCUCAAUAAUUUAAUUAAUACAUUUAAACAUAAAUUGGUUGCUAAGUUUGCAUCAAUAGAUAAUACAACGAUUACACCCUUGUUAAAUACAUUUACGUUAAUGGAGAACGAUCUUAAGAAUAUUACCAAUUUAUCAUCAUGUCUUGUGAAACAGCAAAAAUUACUUCCACAAGCAGUUAAGACUGUAACACAAGUGCGUACAAAUAUUGACGAAACAAAAAUAGAUCCUGAAUUAUCAAAUAUAACAACAAUUGCAAAUGAUACAAUUAUUUUUAUCGACACAUUCUUAUUUAACUAUACAGAUAAUAAUAAUUUAACUACUAAAAGUUUGGUGGAUUCUAUACAUACUGUAAGAAGUAAUAUUAAUAAUAUAUUAACCCAAUCACUAAAAACUGUUGGUCAAUUGAGAAAUAUUGUGAAGAAAGACUUUGGCUUCAUAUUCAAUAUGUUCAGCGAUAUAAUAUCUUGUAUUUUUAGUAUUAAUAAUAAUAAAUUACAAAUUUACGAAACACUUUUAACAUCGACUCAAGAAGCAAAUGGCCUUUUAUCAAGUCUUGAUGGUCAAAUUAGUUCAACAUUAGGCGUUUUACAAGAUUAUUCAAUUAGUUUUGGACAAGAAGCUCUUGAUGCAGUAGAUAAGACACUAUUUAAAGCUGUUAAUCAACUUAUUCAACGUAUUGACACAUUGCUUCUCAUUUGA